AUGAGUUGGUCCCAAUCGAAUAUAUGCGCCUCUAAUGCGCUGUCUGUUCAUUCUGUUGAUUUGCACAAUGUCGAUGGAAGUCUGGGUAACACGUAUAUGCCCUCUGGUUUCGACACAAUGGGUUCUGGUUGUGUUGGUGAUAACGAAAACCCUAUGGUUAUGAUGGCAGCCGAACAAAGGGCACUCAUUACGGGUAGAGAGCUACAACAGCUUCUUAGUGUGGCUCACCAGAGUCUUGACGAAGCUCAAGAAAGGUAUCAGUCGUUGAAUAGCCAUAGAUUGAAGCCAGCUCUAUAUAGUGUAUUUUGUGAGAUCAAAGAGAAAACAGGACUUUUUAUCGAUAUAUUUCGAUCACUGUCACCAUUCUACUUUUAUUUUUUGGCUCUAGCCCUUAGUCUUCGUAAUACCGCUGCAUCAAAUGCCGAGGAUGAGGCGAAUUCUCCAGACCCACAGUUGCUGAGACUCGAUAAGAUGCUAGUUGCUGAGGGAGUUACAGGAAACGUGAUCGGUAAUGACCUAGCCGACGCCACCGGUGACCUGGGUGGCGUUGGCCUAGGGACCGGUGGCGAAUGCAAUCAGAUAGAGCAUGCUGACUACAGAGCCAAGUUAGCCCAAAUUAGACAGAUCUACCAUGCUGAGCUUGAGAAGUAUAAAAAUGUAAGCCUCCUCGCCGCUCUAUCCGGUGCACAAAAUAAUUUGUAUGGACACACUUGGAUGGGGUAA